UGCAGAUUGCAUUCUUGUAAAUAAUGUGGCUAACCUCCAGAUCUUUUCAGUUCUCUCAAACUACCCAGUGUUGACUAUUGCUUGUUCUUCUCGAUCUUUUGCGCUGUCCUUUUCAUCAUUCAUUCUUUUCAGCAGUCUCUCGCAGUGCGAAGCAGCAAAAUCAAGAUACCCAAUAAUUGUUUAAUCGUCAUCAUGAGAUUUUUAUGUUUAUGCGGAGCGUAUGGAAGCGCAGAUAAAUUCGAGGUGCAGUUGGCUCCAUUGGUUAAGGAACUGAAGUCGGACGACACAGCAGAGUUGCACUUCGUUCAUGGUCCCGUCGAAGCGUUUCCUCCAGAAGGAUUUGAGACAUUUUUCGGAGUUGGCCCAUACUACAGGUUCAUAAAACCAGCAGAGGCAGAAAAAGGUGGCAGUGACCUCCUGGAUCGAAUUCGAAAUUUCCCCAAAGGCGCAACAGCAGAAGAUCAAAUGCGAGAGUUGCUUUGCGGUGGGGGAGGUAGUGGGGCAUCCUCACCAGUCUCCAUGCCCGACCUAGAUGACAUUUAUCAUAACGACAGCGCACAAGAGGCCCUAGACUACCUCUACCGAAUAAUAGAAGAAGUUGGACCCUUCGAUGGGAUCAUCGGGUACUCAGAAGGUGCAACAGUUGCAGCAACAUUGAUCUUGCAUGAGCAAAUGAGGUUCGAGACUGAAGGAAGGGAACCAACUUUCAAGUGUGCUUUAUUCUUUGCGGGCUGGCCUCCAUUGGAUGCCAAUUUGAGUCGAAUUGUUUUGGCAGACGAAUCUGACCUAACGAUUACGAUUCCGUCUUGUCAUGUCAUUGGGUCUUUAGAUCCUUAUUUGGCAGGAUCUAUUGCACUUUACAAUAUAUGUGAAAUGGAUAAUGCAUACCUAUUCGAUCAUGGGAAAGGACAUACCUUACCACGAGACAGGCACACAGUGAAAGAACUUGGAGAUAUAAUACGGAACAUGGUAUCGAGCAUUUGAGGGAGUGUUGAUAUGUAGCGGGAUUCUGCAUUCAGCGUUCUGAACUAUAGAUUAUAUAUAUACAUGACAGUACUUCUAUCUCUCCAAAGCAUUCUACGGGCAUCAAACCUACGAACACGAUCACGAGCUUCUUGUUUUCAGUAUUCUCUACCUAUCAAGUCCCCUGAGAGUCAAGGCAAUCCUAGUCAUUUUCGAAACUCUGGAGAAGCCCGUUGACAAUCACUCGGACUCGCAUUCGAAUUCGCUCGCACUUUCUCGCAAACGGUAGCUCGUCCUAUGUUUCGAAGCGCGCUAAAUCCGCAUUGAUCUUCCCGUGGCGCAGUCGAUCACAGAUUAUGA